AUGGCACCAUUAUCAACUUCCUCCUCCUCCUCCUCCUCCUCCUCCUCUUCCUCUCGAAGACCACCGCCGCGUCUGACGACAUUUUUGCGAGCGCGGUGUGGAGGCAAAAGUGGCGAUGGAAGCGAUGAUAGUAUCGAUAGAUAUUGGUACGUGAGCGAUGUGGAUGAAGCGUUCGUGGCUCGUGCAAAGCAAAUAGGGAGCGCGACGACAAAGACAUCAUCACCAUCCUUGUCCUUUCGGCAAACCGCGAAGAAAGCGACCAAGAACAGAGAUUUGGCACUUUUGAAGUUAUCUGAUGUAGCUUUGAAAACUUCGUCUUCUUCUUUGGAGGAUUUUGACGAGGAGACGAGGCUCGCGCUCGAUUUAGUCGCGGACGCGUCGAUACAGUUGUUGCGUUUGGAGAAUGACUUGAUUUCGCCGGAUGAACUUUUAGAAGCGCCGGCAGAUUUAUAUGCAGCGGUGGCAACGAAUUGCGAUGUAGAUUGGAAGUUGGAGGCAGAUUUAGAAGAUGUCGUUGAGUAUUCGAACGCGCCGGAAUUGGAGAGAAAGAAAGUGCAAGGGAAAAGGAGGGGAAACGAGAGAGAAGCUUUUGGUUUUGUGAAAGCGAGACUAGGGGGCGUGUUGAGCGAAACCGGUGAAGCCGCGCAGCGAUGGAAAGAUUUUUGGCAAAGCGCAAACGCACUAAGAAGAGUAGGAAGCACGAGUAGUACUGGUGGCGAUUUGAAUGGCACGUCGAUGGGAGUAGGGGGAAAAAAAGAGACGUAUUACGGGGAGGAUAUGUUUUUCGUGCCACCGAGAUUUUACGGAGCGAAUGACUUUGACAGCAGUAAUCAACACUGCGACCAAAUAUCCAGUGGCUUAGAAUCUACAAUUUUAUCGAAUAUGACGCGCGGUUUAGAUAGCGCGAAUGCGUUCGCAUCUUUAGAGCUAGAACGGUCGAGGACUCCUUCGUUCCACGAGCUGGACGCAUUAGGUACUGAGAGCGAGGUGUCAACUUCUCUUCAAGCCGGCUCUGGCUCAAUUCUAUCUUGGCUUCGCGAACAAUGCGAAAUAUUUAGAGAAAACAAUCAGAAUUCAGAUGCAUUUGCAGGUUGGACGGAUAUUUGCGGAAAUAUCUGUCGCGUGUGCUUGAACACUUCGAGCAGCGACGACCAGGUUGCAUCUGAGUUGUUCGAUUUACUCGGUGACGGUGGAUUUGAUCUCGUCGCGAGCGUUUGCGAAAGACGAGGUCAACUUGCGGAUGCCAUCAGACGACGGCUGCAAGCUUUAAAAGAAGCGUUUGAUCCAGAAGAAUCUGCCCAGGAUGAUUAUGCGAAAAGUAAAUCUGCCGUCUCCGUUCGAUCAACGACGGACGUCGCGAUGGAGAAAAUCCGAAAGAAAGAAGAACGGAGGAAUAAACGACGCGCUGCUGGUGGUCAUGGAGAAUAUUUGUUAGAAUGGUUUACGAACGAUUCUGGACUUGGUUAUGGCGCUUUCUGCGACGAUUUGUUACCGCUACCGAACAGAAACGAAGCCGCGCCGGGAAGUGUGGAUGACAUUCUGAACAGUUUGCGCGGACUAGGUCUCGGAACAGACGGCGGAAAAAAAGCUCUGCCGCCGGGAACGACUCGUAAAGUCUUGGAAGGUUACGAAGAAAUUUACGUACCUGCGCGUAUCCCUGACGCCGUGGCAGACGGUGAAUUACAAGUUUCUGUGUCUUAUCUCCCGGCUUGGGCUCAAACUGCGUUCAAAGGUAUUCAGACAUUUAAUCGUAUUCAGUCCAAAAUUUUUGAGUGCGCGUAUACGUCGAACGAGAACGUUCUUGUAUGCGCACCUACUGGUGCAGGAAAGACGAAUAUUGCUAUGCUAUGCGCGAUGCAAGAAAUAGCUAAACAUUUUGACGAAGAGAAUAAUUGCUUGCACGAACACGACGAUUUCAAGAUUGUUUACGUGGCGCCGAUGAAGGCAUUGGCGGCUGAAGUCACGCGGACGUUUCAGAAGCGACUCGACGAAUUGGGGAUGGUGUGUCGAGAACUAACUGGCGAUACGCAGCUCUCCAAGAGAGAAUUAGAAGAAACGCACGUUAUUGUUACGACGCCAGAGAAAUGGGACGUCAUCACGCGAAAAGGUGGUGAAGUUUCCGUAGCCUCCACUCUCAGACUCCUUAUUAUCGAUGAAGUGCACUUAUUGAACGACGAGCGAGGACCGGUCAUUGAAACUCUAGUGGCGCGAACGCGUCGUCAAGUCGAGCAAACGCAAUCAAUGAUUCGAAUUGUCGGUUUGUCGGCAACUUUGCCCAAUCCGAGAGAUGUUGCGCGGUUUUUAGGUGUCACCGAAGGUAAAGGCUUGUUCGUAUUUGACCAAUCGUACAGACCGAUUCCGCUCACACAAGUUUUCAUUGGCGUUUCAGAGACAAACGCAAUGAAACGUCAGAAUGUGACUAUUCGAAUAGCUUUUAAGAAAGCGUGCGAGGCACUUCGUAAGGGUAAACAGGCGAUGGUCUUUGUGCAUUCAAGAAAGGAUACGGUAAAAACAGCGCGACAGUUGGCUGAAAUAGCGGGAGAAGAAGGCGAACUCGAGUUGUUUGAGAACGACACACACGAGGAGAAAUCGAUAUUCGCUAGAGAAGUGUCGCGAUCAAGAAACCAAGAGAUGAAAGAAUUAUUCUUUAAAGGUUUUGGCUGUCACAACGCUGGGAUGCUUCGAAAAGAUCGGACGUUAGUGGAGCAAAUGUUUGCCGCCGGUGUGAUCAAAGUAUUAGUAUGUACGGCAACUUUAGCAUGGGGGGUAAACUUACCCGCCCAUCAAGUCAUCAUCAAGGGAACGCAGCUCUACGACGCGAGUGCGGGAGGUUUUAAGGACCUUGGUGUUCUAGAUGUACAGCAAAUUUUUGGCAGAGCAGGUCGGCCGGGUUUCGAUACCAGUGGUGAGGGUGUCAUUAUCACCGAACAUAAGAAGCUCACGAAAUAUGUUGCAAUGUUGACGCACUCCACUCCGAUUGAGUCGCAAUUCAUCGAGUGUUUGGCGGAUAAUUUGAACGCCGAAAUUGUGUUAGGAACCGUAACGAAUGUCCGCGAAGGCGCGCAGUGGUUGAGUUACUCUUACUUACACACGAGAAUGGAGCAAAAUCCACUCGGAUAUGCUUUGACAUGGGAUGAAGUUCGCUUGGAUCCCGGGCUCAUCGAGCAUCGGAGAAACUUGAUUAAAACAGCAGCGAGAAAGCUACACAAGGCUAAGAUGAUUCGCUUCGACGAACAAUCAGGCCAACUGUAUCAAACCGAAGCUGGACGCAUCGCGUCGCACUUCUACAUCAAAGUUACUUCCAUGGAAUUGUUCGAAGAGAUGAUGAAUCGACACAUGUCCUUGCCAGAAGUGUUGCACGUAAUCUCGCACUCCUCUGAGUUUGAAAAUAUCGCGCCGAGAGAAGAUGAAAUGCCAGAACUCGAGGCACUUCGAAGAAACCGUCGUUCCGCCUGUCCGAUUGAGAUUAAAGGUGACAUGAGCGAUAAAAUUGCCAAGGUUAAUUUACUCUUGCAAGUAUACGUAUCUCGGAAGCGAUUAGAAUCGUUUUCAUUAGUUGCAGAUUCAAGUUACAUUUCUCAAAAUGCCAGCAGAAUAUGUCGCGCUUUGUUCGAGCUCAUGCUUAAGCGUGGAUGGCCAUCGCUGGCAGAAACACUGUUAACGCUUUCAAAAGCGGUAGAUCGAAGAUUAUGGCCACACCACUCACCACUACGUCAGUUCGAAAAUACUCUGAAGCCAGAGACAAUCUAUAAGCUGGAAGAGAAGGAUGCCACCGUCGAUCGCUUGAUCGAUGUGAGUGCAAAGGAAGUUGGUGAUUUACUGCGACUCAAUGCUGUCGUUGGAGCGCAAGUGAAACGCUGCGUCGAACAACUCCCUCACGUCAAUCUUGAAGCUGUAGUUCGGCCGAUCACGCGCUCUGUGCUUCGAGUUUCCGCAACUCUUACGCCUGAGUUCAUGUGGAGAGAUGAAGUUCACGGGCAAGCGCAACAAUGGUUGAUUUGGGUGGAGGAUCCCGUGAAUGAGCACAUUUAUCACACGGAGACUUUCACUUUGAGCAAAAAGCAAUACAAAGAAGGUAGAAUGACGUUGGCGUUUACCAUUCCAAUUUUUGAUCCACGACCGCCCCAAUACUUCUUAAGGGCAACGCAUUUGUAUUGGUUAGGAUGCGAAUCGUUCUUAGAACUCGAUUUAGAGGACAUUGUUUUACCGACGGAACCGCCGCCGAAUACUGAGCUACUCGAUUUGGAACCGCUUCCAAGAUCCGCGCUCAAUAAUCCGACGUAUGAGUCCCUCUAUGAAAAGAAAUUUACACAUUUCAACGCGAUUCAAACGCAAGCAUUUCACACGUUGUACCAUACGAACCACAACGUUCUUUUGGGAGCACCUACGGGUUCGGGGAAAACGAUAUCAUCGGAACUUACAAUUCUAAAAAUGUUUCGAGAUGAACCGCCAGGGAGUAAGGUUGUCUACAUCGCGCCUUUGAAAGCACUCGUUCGCGAGCGCGUGGAUGAUUGGAAGAAGUACUUCUGUCCAACUGUGAAUAAGAAGAUGGUAGAACUUACUGGCGAUUAUACACCGGAUUUGCGUGCGUUACUACGUGCGGAUAUCAUCGUCGCAACUCCAGAAAAAUGGGACGGUAUUUCUCGAAAUUGGCAGUCCCGCUCUUACGUUAGCAAAGUCAAACUCGUCAUUAUUGACGAGAUUCAUCUUUUAGGUGCCGAUCGCGGACCAAUUUUGGAAGCUAUCGUUUCUAGAAUGAAUUAUAUUUCCGCGCGAACAAAAUCGAAAAUUCGCAUCGUCGGAUUAUCGACCGCUUUGGCAAACGCAAGAGAUUUAGGGGACUGGCUUGGUAUCGAGAACGAUAAAGGUUUGUUUAACUUCCGUCCAUCUGUUCGUCCAGUGCCACUCGAAUGUCACAUUCAAGGUUUUCCAGGGAAGUUUUAUUGUCCUCGCAUGCUUUCUAUGAAUAAACCCACCUACGCGGCGAUUCGAACGCACUCGCCUCUGAAACCGGCGUUGGUAUUUGUCUCCUCGAGAAGACAAACGAGAUUGACGGCGCUCGAUUUGAUUGCCUACGCAGCUGCUGACGAGAAUCCAGAUGCUUUUGUGCACUGCAACAGUCAAGAACUGGAGCAAAGAAUCGCGAAGAUUCAAGAUCCAGCUUUGAAGCAUACGUUGCAAUUCGGUAUUGGUUUACACCACGCGGGUCUUUCCCCGGAAGAUCGCGGCGUCGCGGAGCAGUUAUUUGCAGAAUGUAAAAUUCAAGUGUUGGUGUCGACAUCUACUCUAGCUUGGGGCGUGAACUUACCAGCGCAUUUGGUUGUUAUUAAAGGAACUGAGUUUUACGACGGGAAAACAAAACGUUACCAAGACUUUCCCAUCACCGAUGUGUUGCAGAUGAUGGGGAGAGCUGGGCGUCCGCAGUUUGAUAAAAGCGGCUGUUGCGUCGUUCUCGUACACGAACCGAAGAAGAAUUUUUACAAAAAGUUCUUGUACGAACCAUUUCCAGUGGAAUCAAGCUUUAAUGAAUGUUUAGAAGAUCACUUCAACGCCGAGGUCGUUGGUGGAGCUAUAAAAUCGAAGCAAGACGCCGUGGAUUACCUAACGUGGACGUAUUUCUUCCGUCGCGCCAUGAAAAAUCCAACCUAUUACAACCUCGAGGAUACGAAUCACGAAACCGUGAACUCAUACCUAUCAGAAAUGGUUGAAAACACCAUGGAAACGCUCGCGAGUGCAAAAUGUCUCGCUAUUAACGACGAAGAUGAUUCCAUUAAACCUUUAAUGCUCGGCAGAAUUGCGAGUUUCUAUUACUUAAAUUUCAAAACCAUGGCUGUUUUCUCCAAACGUUUGAAGAAAUCGAACACUUUAGAGGAUGUUUUGACAACCUUGUGUGAUGUUGCAGAAUACGAUGAAAUCCCGGUUCGUCAUAACGAAGAUAAGUUAAACGCAGAUUUAGCGAUAAAUGUCCUCAAAGCUGGAGGUUAUCAAGUCGAUCGACGAGCGUACGACGACCCGCACGUCAAGGCUUCUUUACUCUUCCAGGCGCACUUUUUACGACUUCCUUUACCAAUGUCGGAUUACCAUACGGAUACGAAGUCUGUACUCGACCAAUCGCAAAGAAUUCUGCAAGCUAUGACGGAAAUAGUCAGCGAAGCUGGAUGGUUGUCGACAGCGUUAUCAAUAAUGAACUUGACGCAAAUGAUUAUUCAAGGGCUCUCCAUAAACGACAACUCUUUGCUCCUAUUACCAAAAAUUGCCGACGAGGAGGUUUCUAAAUUGGAACGCUUUUCAAAGAUAACGUGUCUUCCACAGCUCGUGUUUCUGGCUAUUCACCGCAAGAGCGCAUUCUUCGAGGCUAUGUCAAAGGCUGGUCUCUCGAAAUCUAAAAGUGAGGCGAUUUACAACGUCUGCGCAAACCUCCCGCUGUUAGACAUGAAAGCCACUUUAGUGGAAGAUAAAGUCAACAGCAGCGAUGGACGUCGCAACGUUUCUGUGAAAGUAUCGUUGAAACGUUCUGGUAAGAAAUCGGGACGUAAAACCGCACCUAGGGCGUAUGCGCCGAGAUUUCCGAAACAGAAAGACGAAGGUUGGUGGAUCGUGUUAGGGGAAAAGAGGCGCACCGGCGAACUCGUGGCAAUGCGCCGAGCUCAGUAUGCAGACACCUUUGACGCAGUUUUAAAAAUUGAUAACUUUCCACGAGGUAUGAGUGUUACAGAUAUCACGGUCUUUAUCAUGUCAGACACGUAUAUUGGAUUAGAUCAAGAAGUACUGGUGAGCAAUACUGACGAUAAAAGAUUUUUAUCUUCCGCUGGUGUGGCGGAUCGACACAGAUUUUUUGAAGAACGCGAAUCUGAUUCUGAAGCGGAAGGAAACUUUUGGCAGGAUGAAGAUGAGCUUUCGGAUGAAGACAUUCCAGAUUUUUAG